AUGUUAAGGACUAUCCAAUCUUUCUCCUUAGAUAACGAUGUCAAACCAACCUUUUUACCCAAAAAAAAGUCACAUUAUUAUCUUAAAUCUCUAAUAAAAAAUAGAAAUUUGAGACCAAAAAGUCAAGAGGCAGACGAUUCUAAUUAAUAGAUAAUCAAUGAAAAGAUAGGCCCAUCGAGAAGAAAAAGUUGUUAUUGCAAUCUCUGUGGUUUCACUAGUAAAAAGCAAUAAAGAUUCAUGGAUCUUAAGCUAAUCAAAAAACCAACAAUGAUCAAAAAACCACCUAUUCAUAGUGACAGAAGGAGUACAUUUAAUCUACAAAGUGCAAAUAGAAGUGUUUUUUAUAGAAGGAACACACAAAAAAAGGAGGAAAAGGCAGAUCUUCCAAAAUCACCUGCCUAUGAUCUCGGAGAAUCAAAAAACACUGAUUGGUAUGUUCGCCAAAUUAUUAAAAGAAAUUCAAGAAUUAAUGUCCAAAAAUUCGUUGAUAAUUCAUUUUCAAAGAACUCGUAAUAAAAAUCAUAAUCCAACAAAAUAAAUAUCGAUGAUUUGAUAAAUGUAAAAAGUCAAUAAACUAUACAUCUUCCUUAUAGUACAAAUAGUCCUAGUGUUAGAAUUCGAACUAUUGGGGCCUUUGACUAAGAUAACACAACCACAUCUCCAAAAUGUAAAGACUUUCCUAAGUUUUCUCCCUAUUUAAACUUUCGCUAACUCAAUACAAAUCUCCUUGCUCCAAUCAAAUACAAAUCUAAUAUAUCAAUGUCAAGAAAAGCCAAAAAAAAUAUAUUUUCAUAUUCCAAAAAUUGA